UUUCCCUCUCAUCGACUUAGCUACACGAAUGGCCGACCCUGCUGGUUCAAACCAAGCCAACGCGCCCAACUCGUCAACGGGCGCGGGCCCGUCGUCCAAGGCUAUCCCUAGCCUGGCCAAAAAGCAGGGCGAUGUCACCAGGCUCGGUACCCAGAAGAUGAAGUUCGUGCCGACCCUACCUGCGCGUCGCAAGAAGGAAGGCGAUGUAAUACAGGAGUCAGAAGCGCCCAAAACAACCUCGGCCCACUCCGAGCGAGGCCGAGGACGGGGUCGAGGGCGCGACGGCGACGCAGGGCGCGGACGCGGCGCGGCCCCGCGCCCCGCCGUCGAGAUGACCGCCUCCGGGCCGUUCGCGAUGGGCCCUGCGAUGUCGGGCUCCUCCGCGCGACGCUCCGCCCCACGCUCCAACUUUGCCCCCAUCGUCCCCCUUCCCGGCGGACCCAGUGCUGGCGCGGCCACAGGCGCGGGACUGACGGGCAGCGCAGGCCCGUCGCUCGUGAAGCAGGAGUCGGCGGGCGAUGCGCCGAAGGUAGAGAGCGGGAGAGAGAAGCCGAGCUCGCAGGACGAGGAGGUGGAGGUAUAUUCGGAUCCGGAUGAGGGAGUGGAGAUCGUGGAUAUGAACGAUGUGCGGAGGAUGGAUUGGAUGGCGCCGGAGAGUUUAGCGAAAGAGAAGGCCAGGAGCAAGAAAAAGAAGAAGUCGAACGUUGUUAAGAAGGAGGAGCAUGACGCUGUGAAGAUUCCAGGUGUUCCGCGUUCACCGUCUGCAUCGGCAGAGCCCGAAGCAGAGCCCGAAGGCGUCAACCUUGCGAACGCCGUUGACCUCUCAGAAUCAGAAGACGAAGAAGAGCUUGAGGACCUUAUCGACGACUUUGCGCUUCACGCGGAGAUAAUGGACGACGAUACCGGAAUCCGCCAAGAACGACUCUACUUCUUCCAAUUUCCCGCGCCCUUCCCCACUUUCCUCCCGAAGCCCUCAAAACCGGCAGCUAAACCCGAAGACGCCAUGGACGUCGAUGCGGAACCUUCACCUCCUCCCGCAAAAGACAAAGGAAAGGGGAAAGCGGUUUCCUUCGCGGAAGACACCAAACCACCGGCGUCGACUCCCAGCACCUCGACCAAGUCCACGCCAGAGCCCUCGCAGGACAAAAAACCCGAACAGCAAAGGGUCAUCACCGACGGCGUCAUCGGCCAGCUUGAGGUGCACCGAAGCGGUGCGGUGAAGAUGCGUCUCGGCUCGGGCGUCGUGCUUGACGUGAUCGCGGCGACGCAGCCGUCCUUCCUGCAGCACGCGGUGCAUCUCGACGUUGCGAAGAAACGAGUGUGCGUGCUCGGCGAGGUGAACAAGCGAUACGUCGUCUCGCCGGACGUCGAUUUGCUGUUGCAAGACAUGGAGAAGAAGGAGCAAGGGCUGGAUGAGGAAUUGGAGCCAGGACUAGAAGGGCUGAUCAAGAUGGACGCGAGUUAACGCAAUGUAUGUUGGCCGGGGAACAGGAAAUUCGUUACAGCGCGGCCUGUUCCGCACCCGUCCGCAGGUCAACCUGGCCAGCGACGCGACAAUCAAGUAUCCUGCGUCGCUGAUCUUCGACCAUACCCUGUUAACUCACAGGGCCUACGCUCGCUUGACUCCCAUGCGUUAAACGACAUCAUAGUGUCAAUCAUUUGUUUGCAUCAGCAUCGACACAACCAAUGACUUGGCGCACACACCUCUUAGCCACCUAACUAUAUCUACAAAACUCGGUGAUGAGGGCGUCCACACGCG